CGUCGCACAGGAUCUUUUUAAAAUGGAGCGCGUCACCUUUGUUGCUCCUGUAAACCUUGCAGUUAUUAAGUAUUGGGGAAAAAGAAAUGAAGAGUUGAUACUUCCAAUUAAUGAUUCACUCAGUGCAACCUUGGAUACAGAGCAUUUGUGUGCCAAGACAACUGUUAUGAUUAGCCCAGACUUUGAACAAGAUAAAAUAUGGUUGAAUGGAUGUGAGGAGUCAAUAGAAAAUGCAAGGCUACAAAAUUGCCUAAGAGAAGUGAGAAAAAGAUCCCAAUUGCCAGAUAAACAAGAAAAUUGGAAAGUUCACAUUUGUUCAGAAAACAAUUUUCCUACUUCUGCAGGUUUAGCAUCUAGUGCUGCUGGAUAUGCUUGUCUAACAGUAGCUCUUGCAAAAUUAUUCAAUGUACAGGGAGAUAUAUCAGCCAUAGCUCGAUGUGGUUCUGGCUCGGCAUGCCGUAGUAUUUAUGGAGGAUUUGUCAGAUGGUAUAUGGGUGAUAAUAUUGAUGGUAGUGAUAGUAUUAGUAAAGAAGUUUUUGAUACCAAUCAUUGGCCAGACAUGAGAAUUUUGAUAUUAGUUGUAAAUGAUACAAAGAAAAAAGUAUCCAGUUCUGAAGGAAUGAAAAGAUGUUACCAUACAUCGCCAUUUCUCAAGUAUAGGGCUGAAAAUACUGUUCCUCUGAGAAUAGAACAAAUGCAAGAGGCCAUUCAGGAUCGAAAUUUUGAAAAAUUUGCCGAAUUGACUAUGAAAGACUCCAAUGAAAUGCAUGCAGCUUGUGCAGCUGCUUAUCCUCCGUGUUUCUACAUGAAUGAUACCUCUCAUCGCAUAAUUGAACUUGUGCAUGCAUACAAUACAGCUCACGGUGAAAUAAAGGCUGCCUAUACAUUUGAUGCUGGUCCAAACGCAACAUUAUUUGUUUUGGAAAAAGAUGUUUGCGAAUUAUAUGCCGUAAUCAAUAAUUAUUUCCUAUUUGUUGACGAUCGUCAAACGAAAGAUCAAAUUGGAAAAUCUCUACCGGGUGCCUCGGCUUCCUCAGAACUGUUGAAAAAAAUAAACAUAGAAAAACAGCCUCUUGGAAAAUUAAAGUAUGUUAUUCAUACGCGUGUAGGUACUGGACCAAAACAAGUUUUAGAUUCUGAAAAUCAUCUGUUGGAUAAUCAGGGUUUUCCUAAAAAGUUAUAUUAAUUAUUUAUUCGUUGG